AUGUCAGGCACGAAGCGGAUUGAGAAAUGGGAAAUCGACCGGUACUGGGAGAUCUUCUCGUCCCUGGUGCAGCCUCCUGCCACCCCCUCCUCACAUCUGACGAACCAAGCCGCCGCCAAUGUCUUGCGCAACUCUCAACUACGAGACGACCAGCUCGAACGGGUAUGGGACCUUGCUGAUGUCGACGGCGACGGCGAGCUCGACUUUGAAGAGUUUUGCGUUGCCAUGCGCCUGAUCUUUGACCUGGUCAAUGGCGAGUACCAAGACGUCCCGAAAAGCUUGCCCGACUGGCUCAUUCCCGAGAGCAAAGCCCACCUUGUCGCGGCGAACCGUGCAUUGACAGGGCAUCAACAGGCACAGUUUGAGAGGAUUGAGGAUGAUGAAGACGACGCGGGCUUGAAAGAUGGCUUCGAUUGGUACAUGAACCCGAGUGAUAAGCGCAAGUAUGAGGAGAUAUAUUCGGCAAAUAAAAAUCGGAGAGGGGAGAUCAGCUUUGAGAGCUUGCACACAUUAUACGCGAGUCUGGACGUGCCGGACACAGACGUCCGUAGUGCAUGGAACCUGGUCAACACGAGUGGGCGGGACACAAUAUCCAAAGAUGCGUGCCUAGCUUUCCUACACAUCCUCAACUAUCGCCACGAAGGAUUCCGGAUACCUCGAACCGUUCCGCCGAGCUUGAGAUCCAGUUUCGAAGGAAACAAGAUUGACUAUCAGAUCGAUAGCAUGCGCAACCGCCCCAAUAAAUAUGACGAGGACACUUCCACUGGUCGAAAGGCUAAGUUUGGAGACGCCUAUCUGAGCCGCAUCGGUGGGCGAGGUAGCUCAUCGUACCAGCCCAAGGGCACUGAUUUCUCCGAUGUGGUGGAAGAUGAAGACCUCGAGAAGGUUCGACUUCUACGUGAACUACGAGAGCUGGAAUCCCAACAUGAUGCGGCCGUUGCAGCCGCAGAGCGAAGACGGAAGCAACGGUCAGAGAAUGGAGGGCUCAGACAAUCCGGGAAGACGAAUUGGACAUUGGUCAAGCGAGAAGCACAACAAAUGCUUGAGUAUAAGCAACGACAGUAUGUGGAUUUGAAUUCGGAAAAUGCGAACAAAUCAAGCAAUGAUCUCAAGAGACUGAGAGACGAUUUGGCACUGGUGUCUGAGCAAGUAGAGGGGCUCGAAUUACAUCUGAGGAAACGCGAGGCAGAACUAGAGAGCAUCCGCCGAGAAAUCGAAAAUGAAAAGGCGAGCAGAUGA